UGAGACGCGCCGACCGGUAACACGCGGUCCACGACUCGCCUUGACGCUUGCCGCUACAGACACGAAACCAACGCUCCGUAAAAAGUUACGAUGAAUUAUUUUCAUGCACAUAAGGUUAUUACAGUGUAUCAUAUAUCAACAAAACUAACAUAUUAGUCAAGUUUUCAUGAGAUGAAGUUUAAUUUAACAAUAAACGAAUGAUGUUUUUUUAAUUAUUGUGAUGAUGACCAAUUUAAUUUUGUGAUGUUUAAGUUUAAUAUUGAAGAAUAACGUACAAUGCACGCGGCUUGUAGAUAGUUUUCCAAGAGUCUGUGGCUGGCACAAAACGAAAUAGAAAUAUGCAAGGCGACGGCGUGGCGUAUUGCGUGCCAGAGGGGCAGGCUUUCCAGCGAGCCUAUGUCCGCAUCCAUGGGUACAUCGCAUUACUCAUCUGCCUGCUGGGUAGUGCUGCUAAUUCCGUCAACAUCGCCGUACUCAGUCGAAAAGAGAUGAUCUCAUCUACAAAUUCUAUCCUCACCGGGCUGGCAGUCGCUGAUCUGCUCGUUAUGAUUGACUACAUCCCACUGGCGUUACAUAUUUAUACAGAUAUCUGCGCAGAACUCAAUCGCAAUUCAUAUGCAUGGGCUGUUUACGUCUAUUUUCACUCCAUAUUCAGUCAAACCUUCCAUACGAUAUCUAUUUGGUUGACGAUCACGCUUGCUGUUUGGAGGUUCAUAGCCAUAAAGUUUCCACAAAAAAAUAGGACGUUGUGUAACAAGAAGAACACCAAUAUCGCUAUAGCAGUGGCGUAUGCCGUGUGUCCAAUACUUUGUCUUCCCAUAUAUUUUGCGAUGAAAAUUCAAGAAAUUCCUUCUUCGUCGAAAAAUGGGCACGAAAACGUUACAUUGAACGAUACGGAUAUAAUUAAGAAUGCAACAGUGAGCACGGAGCGAGAGUACGCUAUAGUGAUGACAGAUAAUAACGAGUUGCUCACAGCUAUUUUUUGGAUUUACAGCGUGUUUAUAAAGCUCAUACCUUGUGUAGUGUUAUCAAUACUGAGUGUGCUACUAAUACUAAAAAUGAAGUCGAGUGAUAGAAGAAGACAAAAAUUACUGAAAAAAUCUGCAAUCACAACUAACGAGGGUGAGAAAGCCCGGUUGAAUGAAGAUGGCGGGAAGCGAGCUGGAGGUGGCGGUGGACGCACAGACCGGACGACUCGGAUGCUGGUCGCUCUACUAGGACUCUUCCUAGCUACAGAACUACCACAAGCCCUCUUCGGCCUACUUACAGCUAUAGCUCCGCACCUCUUUCAAGUCUGUUAUUACGCUUUUGGUGAGGUGAUGGAUUUGAUGGCAUUGGUGGGGUCCGCGGUGAACUUCGUGCUGUACUGCAGCAUGAGCCGUCAGUUUCGUUCCACGUUCACGCGGCUGGCGCGCAAGGUGCUGCCUCUGGGCACGCCAGCCGAGCCGGUCACCGCACUGAAGGCGUAGCGCUCCCACACCGCGACCACCUCGGUCGCGAACCUGUGAAUCAACCACAAGGUACCAUGUCCUUACAUGUCUUCAUGAAUUUCAACAACCAACAGCAUACAAUGCGUUUGAACUUUAUUAAAAGUGAAUUAAGUGCAGUUUCACCUAACAAUGAAAUUAACUUUUUUAAUUUUGUAAGUUAAAGUUAAAGCGGUGCUUACUCUUCAACAUGUUGUAGUAAUUAGUGGCGAGGGAUUAAGCUACGAACCAAAUUGUUUAGUACUUAAAAGUAGGUACUUUUAUUUAAGUAUUCUCUGUACAGUUUAUAAUCUGUAAGUUCUAUGUAAAAUCUAUUAGCAGUCUAAAUGUAUAGUGUAUAGGCUAAGUACUGUAAUGUUGAAUUAGCUAUUUGUUGAACGUUUUGUUUACAGAGUUUUUGUUGUACUUUGUUUGGAAAGUAUCUAGACAGUUGUUUAUUGUUUUAUUCCAGUUUGUUCUGGGCUAAAUCUAACCGUAAACACAUUUAUUGUUGGAGAAUCGAUUUCAAAGUUCAACAGAAAUUAGGUAGUCGUGUCUCUCAGAAACUGCAAAGUUGGAGAGCUUAGAGUUAAUGGAUUAAGUGUAUCUCCACAGUGCUGACGCUGAAGGAACGCUCCCUGCCUAGAGACUGUUUUAACGAGCCCGCUACUCGAUUUACAAACCUUUGCAUAUAAUUAUGUAAUUACUUGUCAAUCUGACCAGUGUAAUUACUUGUCAGUCUGACUGGUGUUUUGAGCAGCAUUUUUGAGAUUUAACUUUCUAGUCAUUUAAGUGUAGAAUUUCUUGGAACAAAAGUUGAGGUAUAUUGUGUUGUUAAAACUUUUGUUAAUUAUUAGUAUGUCCUUUCAGCACGUGUUUUGAAGUUAGUGAUCCACUUUCGUUGCUAAUUAUACUAUGUUAAAAGCACAAGGCUACAGAAUGGAACCUUUAUUAAUUAGUUUCUACCUAGUUACAGUACAUGUUGUAUGAAAUAUGAAAGUGGGACGAAUUCAAAGGACAUUAGAACUGGCUUUAACAUAUAGCUGAAUAAGCGUUGCUUCAUUCCAUUAAUCUCCUUAUUGUUGCGAGAAAAGGUUUUCGCUUGUGGCUUAUUGUGACUAUUCAGUUUAUGUUUAAAGAUCCUUGGAAAAAAACUUACACAUAAAGUCAAAGUACUUAUUAUUUGUAAACCAUAGGUAAAAAUGUGAAUAAUAGUUUGAAGGGCUGUACUGUCACUUUGGAAUAUCACUUUAUUGACGUUUCUGUGAUGUUUUUUUUUAUUUCGUUUUAUGUCAGUAUUUUAACAAUACUUAUCGGAACGGACUCACAAGAUAUGUGUGCAAUUUUGGAAUUGAGAUCCUUACUGAUCUGUAAAAAGUAGAUAAAAACUUUAGAAUGGGCGACCCAGUUUUGAUCAAGCACUAAACUCUAAGAACCAUUACUGGCAAAAGAAUAUCCGUUUAAAAGGAAGUAGGUAGAUAUACCAUAGACAUGUUUUUGCUUCGAGUUUGAAAAGUACAAGGAUGAACUUGGUGGUAGAUAUCAGAAAACAUUGGGCGGACAAAAAAGGGUUUCUAAAAUAGAAUAGUGUAUUAUAAACAUUGUUUAGUAAGCACUUUUACUGGGGAAUAGGAAUUGAAUUACGGGACUAACUAGAACGGACGAGCUUUAACUUUUUUAUUAGAUCCGGAUAGAACUAGAGUGAGGUUACAUUGUUGGGAUCUGCUGUUUUUAGUUUCAGUGUAAUAAAAUCACUAUUUUACUCUUUUUUAUCUAGUUCAUUUCAUUUGUUUUUAUAUAAAUAAACGCCAAUUAUUAUCAAGUAGUACCGAAAUAAGCCCUUUGAACAAAAGUCUAUUAUUGUAACAAUUUAACAAGAAAUGUAAGAAUGUGUGCAAGCAAUCAAUCUUGGGCCAAAGUUUGUACAAACAUAAAAGCCGAGUUUGAAAGUUAAAAAUAAUUCUGCCACCGUUAGGUAUACUAUGCCAUGAUUUAGGGUUCCGUAUUUUUAUAUGAGAAAGCUUGAGCAUUUCAUAAAACUAUAUUUACCUACUAUCACUACUCAUCAUCUUAAAAUAAACCAAAAUUUUGAUAGAGGAAUAAUAUUUUUUUGUCGGAAUUUAUAAGUACACAGAAAGUCAGUACGAUAUAAAAAGAAACAAAUAAGGAACGCGAUAGUAAUUUAAUACUAAUACGUCAAUCAUACUCGUAUAAAUAAAUGUCUAAGUAAAGCUAAAUACAUUACCUAUAGCAAACGUAAUUACAGAGCGUGCCAUGUUUUCUGGUCACGUCUCUCGCCCCUCGAAAACUGUAAUGAAAUAGAGCCCUAAAGUUUCCGCGAUUAAUAUCAUAUUACCUCAGAAGUAUUCUUAUGGUAUUAUAUUUAUUAUAUUAUAUUUAAACUAUCAAAACAUAAAUUGGAUUUAAAAGUAAUGGCUAAAUAACACAAACCAUGUCAGCAUUUUUCUGACUCAAGUCAAAGCAGGAAAAUGCAACGUAUUUUUGUUCAGAAUAACAUUUUCGUGGAAAUAUUUAGUUACGAGUCGAAGCGCCGGGAGAGGCAGCAAAACAAUGUGAACUUUUAUUUCUGCGAGUAAUAUUGUUCUCCACAAACUUGAGUAAUGCUCAUACUCGUUGUUAACGUAUCUAUGCCGUGCAAAUUAUGUAGAAUACCCGGAAACCUUGGCAAUACAUUUUGUUUCUAUAGCAAUAACAUUGUUACCGACAUUGUUCUUGUGAAAUGAGUAAAGCCCUACCAUAUUGUAUCUAAGCCACUGUAAGAACUUUUUUCAAAGACGGGCUUUCAAUGUAUAUAGCCGAGGGCUGGGUAUAUUCGACCUUCGUCCUCUUGGUAGGAUUCCACAACGAAUUAAUAAGGGCUCGGCUUACUGUUUGAGUUCACUGGAAGACCCCAAAAAGGUACUUUAGCCGAUACAUUGUUCGAAGUAGAACUAAUUGAGUACGACAUAAAGGGUUGACCCAAUUGACUAGAAAAAUGACCUGUUUUUUUGCGGCGAUAAGCCUCAAUUUUUAUCGACAACAUUGUAAAAAAAUUAAUACAUCAUCCCGUAUUUUCCCUUAUGGAAAUAUGGAAAGACAGUUUUUAAAUUAGUAUUUAUAAAAUGUUGUUACCUGAACUAAAUGUGGAUCAAACUAAGAUAAAGGACUGGUGUUCAGAACUCUCCUGGAGUUUCAUUAAUUUUAGCUUCAAGUAUAAAGUUCCGAGCUUUCUUUCAGACAACUUUUAUGUCUAUUCUUAUUCUUCUAUAAGUUAUGCGCUAACGCAGAACUUAUUUAUUACUGAAAAUAAUUCUAACUCGAACAAUUAAGUGCAGUCAUGCACAUUGCUUUUUUAUGAACUUGUGCGACGACGAAUAAUUUUUCGAACACAGUGAUAACUGCGAAUGAAAAUUAUAGUAUAAAUACUGGAUGUAUUUACGAAAACGUCCACCCAACCAACUUAGGUAAAGGAGCAACCAUCAAAGAAAAAGAGCUAAAUACCCUGUGUAUUUAUGAUAUUAUGGAGUUUCAAACUGUUGUUUAUUUAUUUAACUGCUGUUGUAAUAUAACCUUACACUUAGAGCUUAGGUACACUAUUUCUUAGUCAAUCCCAAAAAGUGUUUGUACAUAAUCUAUAUUUGUGAAAGAGACGUAUUAGUGAAAUUAAUUAGAAAGUAGAAAGAGAUGUGUCAAUAAGAUUUUUCUACCAAACUUUGUAAAUAUUAAGAUUUAAUUUAUAGAUUUUUCAGUUGUUAUCAUUGUUAAAUAUGUAAGUGUUAAGUAUGUAUGUCUUUAACAUGACUGUAUCAAAUGUGUUAGGUAUUCCCAUGAAAAUGACGAAAACCGUUUUGUGUAAAUGUCGAUAAGUUUUAACUGUUGUCCCCCAGGGCAUCCGUUCCAAAUUUCGACAGUUUGCCAACCGCAUUUAAUGUACCAAUAUAUUUGAGUAUAUGGAUAUAUAACCGCACGGUGGAAAAUUGAGAAUCUGUAAUACAAAAUCAAUGCUUUCUGUGUAUCUAUCGCGAUGGAGAACGCAAGAAGAUUACUUUUAGAAAAUUGGAUUUCUUAACUUGUCAAUAUUCAUGUCAUAAAUAUUUUGAAUCGAGGCGUGAUUUUUUUAGAUUUAUAUUUAAAUGACGUUGUAUGAGUAUCUGAAUUGGUACAUGACAACGAAACAUAUCUACUAAAUUUUCCAUAACUUAUUAAAUAAAAUUAAAUUCCGUAAAUAAACAAACAACAAUACUGUCUCUUAAGACAGUAAUAGUACAGUAUAGUAGUAGAUACCAUCCACUACUAUAAAGUACCUACUUUAUUACGAAAUGGGAAUGACAACCUUUGUUGGUAACAGAUCUCAUCCGAAAACAGUAACAGCUGUGAGCAUAAUUAACGAAACAAUUAAGUUAUUUCAAAGUACUUUCCUAAACGUUGCUACCUACUUACAAUUUUUGUUUAUUUUGGUUUAAAUACUUAAUGACGUUCAUAUAUUCAGGGUCCCUACCAGCAUCCCUGCAUUUGUACUUGUCAUUCCGUUUCAUAUGAUACAUAUUUAAGGUUGUAAAGCGGACGGCUCGCAUAUGUCGCGUUAUCACGAAGGUUAGACGAAACACUUGAAUAUGUCAUGAAUAUUCUGUUUCAACUCAUGUGUACACAUUGUCUGUAAAUAAUUAUAUCUUCGUAUUCAAUUGUACCAAUAAAUAUUAUAUGCACAUGCUGUAGAAUAUCACCGAAUAAUAACGUAUCAAGUAUAUUAAACGAUUAAAGAAAAUGAUUUUACAAGAUUGUAUUAAAAUUGUGACUCUACAUACCUAUAUGUAUUUGUAAAUUAUAAACCAUUUCAAAAGGCUAGAAUCACUUUAUUAGAUUCUAUUAUUGAAUGGUUUGAUAGUCCUCUGGGAUUUCCUCUCACAGUACUUACAAAGAGUAAGGGUACGACGCGUAACGUAAUGUAAGUAUAUUGAGGGUCGACGCCAUAUUCUACGAUGUAAAUCAUUGUAAAUCGUCCCUCGAAUUGAAAUGUAUUGUAGAAACCAAGUACCAACCAAUUAUGUGUAAAUGACUGUGUAUUGUGUACUGUAGCUGUUAAAUAUGUUCGUGUAACAAAUGAUGUUGUAAAUAAAGAUGAUCAAUAUUUUUAUUAA